AUGGCGGCAGCAGAGUCUGAGGCCGAGGCGCAACAGCUCAUUUCCCGACUUGGCAAACAACUCAAAGCUUCCAAAACUUGCCCAAACAAAGACUCCCUUGUCAAAUUGCUAAAAGAAGCUGUUAUUGCUUUGGGAAAAUUUAAACAGUUGAAAUCCCUGAAUUCAGUAAUACAACCUCUGAGUGAUUCUCUUGUUAAGCAUGGCCUGCUUCAGCACAGGGAUAAAGAUAUUCGAAUUUUGGUGGCGACCUGCUUCUGUGAGAUUAUCCGGGUCUUGGCUCCAGAUCCUGGUUUCAGUGAUGAUGUUUUCAGGGAUAUAUUUAAACUUCUUCAAAGCAUAUUUGCGGAGACUGGUGAUUACCAAAGCCCAUAUUUUUCAAGAAGGGUGAAACUGCUGGAGACAGUUGCUAAGCUGAACUUUUGUGUGCUAAUGCUGGAUGUUGGAUGCGAGGAUUUAAUUCUCAAAAUGUUCAAAAUCUUUUUCAGUGCUGCGAGAGAGCAGCAUCCUCAGAGUGUGAUUAAUGCAAUGUCAUCUAUAAUGGCUUGCAUUUUGGAAGACAAAUUGGAAGAGAGAGAUCUUGAGCCACUCAUUUUUCAGGAAAAAUUUUCUGAGCCACUUUUGGAUGUGAUUUUACAAAAUCUUUUGAAAGAAUCAAAGGGUGGAUCUGGUGGCUUUGCUCGGCUUGCUGUUUCUGUCAUUCAGAACUGCAAUGAAAAGCUUGAACGCUGUAUAUGUACAUUUUUAAGAUCUUGUAUUUUGAACAGAGAAAGUAUUGGGAGUGAACUUAAAGAGUGGUACCAUGACAUUCUCUAUGAAAUCUUCCGGAGUGCUCCUCAAAUGCUUGUUUCUGUAAUCCCUAGCUUAAGCCAUGAAUUACUUACAGAUCAGGUUGAUGUCCGGAUAAAAGCUCUUAAUUUACUUAGAAAAUGUUUUUCUUUGCCUGGCCACAACAUUGCUGAGGAGUAUCACAACCUUUUCAUGGAUUUUCUGAAUAGAUUUACGGAUAAGUCUGCUGAAGUAAGGUUAUGUGCUCUUUCAUGUGGUAGAGCUUUGUAUGCUAACAAUCCAUCUGGGACAGGAUCAUCACAAAUUCUCACAGAGCUGGAGAGUCGACUCUUAGAUUUUGAUGAUAGAGUUCGAAUGCAGGCUGUGAGUAUUGUGUGUGAUGUAGCAAGAUUACAAAUAGGCUCUGUUACUAAUGAACUAAUAAGUCAAGUGGCUGAUAGGCUUCGUGAUAAGAAGGUAUCUGUCAGAAAGAAAGCUUUGCAGAAGUUGCUGGAACUAUAUCAGGAUUAUUGUACAAAGUGUAUUGGAGAUAUCAAGAUGCAUUUUGAGCAAAUACCUUGCAAAAUUUUAAUGCUUUGUUAUGACAAAGACUGCAAGGAGUUCAGGCCACAAAGCCUGGAGUAUGUACUAGCAGAAGAUCUAUUUCCUGUUUCACUUUCAGUUGAGGAAAGAACAAAUCACUGGAUUUUUUUGUCCUCUCUUUUUACACCAUUGCAUGUGAAGGCAUUGAAUGCGAUUCUAUCACAAAAAAGAAGGUUACGGAAUGCACUGCAAGCUUACUUACAUCUCCGGGUCAACGAGGAGGAGAUAGGCUCUGAUGAAAUGGAAAGGAAUACCAAAGCUCUAUUUAAAAAAAUGUCAGCUUUGUUUCCUGAUCCUGCAGAAGCAGAAGAGUGCUUUUAUAAGCUGAAUCAAGUCGAUGAUAAUGAUUUCAAAAUGCUGGCAGACUUGAUAAACGUCGGAGAUGCUCUUUCUACUAGAGAUAACCUUCUGAGGAAGAUUGGAGACCAGAGUCCACUUUUUGAUUUCUUGAGAUUGCUGUCAUCCAAGUGCUUGUUAAACAUAUUUAGUUCUAGGCAUGUCAGCUGUAUCUUAGACCAUCUUACUUUUGAUACGAGCGUUCGCAAUACAAAAUUGGACUAUUCUCCUCUGCUGCUUCUUUCAGCUAUUAUCAGUGCUUUUCCCUCACUUCUUAGAAGUUCUGAAGAGAAGUUCUGGCAAUUGUUAGCUGAUGACGAUAUCCCUUUCAAUGAGCAGCUUAUUCAGUUUCUAGCAAAAGAAGGAUCAAAUAUUUCUAUCAAGCUGAGUGAUUGUUACAAUUUUUUGGAGAGGGUGCGCUUGGAAGGGACUCAAGCAGAGGCAAAACUUGCUGUGUCUGCAAUUGCAGCUUUAAAUGAUUCUUCUGAGCAAGUCAUUGUCCCAAAUUUGUGUAAGACUUCUUGUACUAUCAAGAAACAUAGUGAACAACGUUUAAAGAGUUCUUUGACUACUGAUGCCAACAAAUCUGCCAAUUCGAACUUGACACUAUCUAAGAGUGCUGAUGCAUCAAGAAUUUGGAUAGAGGGUUUGCAGAAAACGACGCAUCAGGAGGUUCAUUCUGGAGGGACUGUUGAAGUGCGCAAUGAGUCCUCUGUCGAUAAUCAGCAUGAAAUGCAUGCAAGUGUAAUAUCUGAAUCCAUCAUGAGUAAAGAACGAGUUGGAUCUUCUUGUGACUCUGUAGCAACAAAACGCACAUUGGGCUUGAAUGAAGACUUUCCAAGCUGUUUACAAGAGAGGGACAUGAAUAUGACACAACAGCAAUACCGAUAAAGUUGCCAAAUUGUCAACAGCCAACCACAAGAAAGCUAAUUUAGCCAAGG